AUGUCCUCCACCUCUACACCUUCCCAUAAUCUCCGUGAGGCCAUUAACGCCUCACCUUCCAUCGAGCACAUGAUCCGACUCUUUCCCGAGCUGUAUCACCGGCCCCUCACCACAGUGCUCAAGCGCAUCGUGGAGCUGGCAUCGUCCCACGCCUUGGCCGUCGACACCAUCAACAAGCUGCAAGCGCUGGUACAAGACGGCUGGGAGACCUCUGACGCCCUCCCAGAGAACCUCCGGGCGCCCCCCUCGAUCGCGAAGUUUGGGAAUCCUUCAGAAUACGAAGUCGCCAUCGUCACAUGGGAGCUCGAGUUCACUAGAGACGCCAAGAAAUAUUAUGACCCCCUGGUCCAGCCCGACCACGUCUUGGACCUGUUGCAAAGGGCCAUCCUGCAGUUCUGGAGGUCCACACGUGGCGUUUUGGAGAUCCCCGAGUUUCACUCCCAGGCGCCCUCUGCCCCCGGCGAGCCUACGCCCCUGCCCACCAUCACCUGGCAAAUCCACCCAGAAAGGCUCAUCGAACUGGAAAUGGUCAUCUGUCACCUCCCCUUCGUCGCCCAACGUGUGAUCACCUUGGAAGGGCAGCCUGGUCUGAUCACCAUUUAG